GCCCACACCAGUGCUAGCGCAGCCUCCCUUGAGGCCACCUCGCUCUGCGGAUUGUGCUUCCGGUGCGAAGGUCACAGACAAGAUGGUGCCGCCUGUGCAGGUGUCUCCGCUCAUCAAGCUCGGCCGCUACUCGGCGCUGUUCCUCGGUGUGGCCUAUGGAGCCAAGCGACACAGUUACCUGAAGCCACGCGCGGAGGAGGAGAGGAGGGUGGCCGCGGAGGAGAAGAAGAAGCAGGACGAGCUGAAGCGCAUCGCGAGGGAGCUGGCUGAAGCCCAAGAUGAAAGCAUCCUGAAGUGAGGAAGGGUCACCUGGAACCUCAGGAACCAAUUAAAGCUCGGACACCGGAACCUGCUCGUG